GAAUGGGAAGCCGUCCAAUUUCACUUUCCCAGUUUCCCACCUUCUCAAAACCCAUGAAAACGGAAUCCACCGAAGGAAAAAGUAUUCAAAAGUGCGCGAAUCUAACGGUGAGGGAAUAAUCAAAAGCUGAUCAGUCAACAACUUGAUUGAGAGAGAGAGAUUAAUAAUAAUUCACAAAUGGUUUUUGUUUUCCGGAUUUCAAUUCGAAAUUUCUCAUCUCUCUGAAAUCGGAAUGCUGACUCUCAGCUCCCCAAUCUCACCCCACAAUGCCCUCCAAAACCCUAGACCCGCCAUACGACGUCGUUUUACCGCCCUCAACUGCAAGGGCAUUCAGCUUUCCGUCCCCAGCCACUGCUACACUGCCGGCGGCGACUGCACCUCCGGUGGCGUGGCCCUCAAGAGCGUCGAUGUCGCAACUCUCGGAAAUCUUUGUGUUGAUUUGGUUCUCAAUGUUCCGGAAUUGCCUCCUGCGUCGUUUCUCGAUAGAAAGGCUUACAUGGAGCGGUUGGCGGCGUCUCCUCCCGAUAAGAAAUACUGGGAAGCUGGUGGUAACUGCAAUAUGGCUAUUGCUGCAAAAAGACUGGGACUUUGUUGUGUAACAAUUGGUCAUGUGGGUAAUGAAAUCUAUGGAGACUUCCUUCUUGAUGUGCUUCAUGAUGAGGGAAUUGAUACGGUUGGGAUGAAUGAAGAUACCGAUGUUGUUGAUAGUGCUAGUGCCUCGUAUGAAACUCUUCUAUGUUGGGUUUUAGUUGACCCUUUGCAAAGACAUGGUUUUUGCAGUCGAGCUGAUUUCAGUAAGGAGCCUGCAUUCAGCUGGAUGAGCAAACUAUCCAGAGAAGUAAAGAUGGCCAUAAGAAAGUCAAAGAUCCUGUUCUGUAAUGGUUAUGGUUUUGAUGAACUGUCCCCUAGUUUGAUUAUAUCCGCUUUGGACUAUGCUGUUGAAGUUGGAACUUCAGUUUUCUUUGAUCCUGGACCACGUGGGAAGAGUCUUUCUGUUGGAACACCUGAACAACAAAGAGCACUAGGCCAAUUCUUGACGAUGAGCGAUGUUCUUCUCUUGACAUCUGAUGAGGCUGAGUCAUUGACUGGCAUAGGAAACCCAAUUCUAGCAGGGCAAGAAUUGCUCAGAAAGGGGAUGCGAACGAAAUGGGUGAUUGUUAAAAUGGGUUCAAAGGGUUCAAUUCUAAUUUCUUUGUCAAGUAUAUCUUGUGCGCCUGCAUUCAAGGUGAAUGUCAUUGACACUGUUGGAUGCGGGGAUAGUUUUGUAGCUGCCAUUGCAUUUGGUUUUAUCCACAACCUUCCUACAGUUAACACAUUAGCAAUUGCAAAUGCAGUGGGAGCUGCAACUGCCAUGGGUUGUGGUGCUGGUAGGAAUGUUGCAAACUUGGAGCAAGUAAUAGAACUCAUGAGAGCCUCAAAUCUCAAUGAGGAUGCUACAUUCUGGAAUGAACUACUUGAUGAUAAUUUAGAUGCUCAACAAAUCACGUUCCUCUCAAAAACUGCCAUAAAUGGAAGCAACAAUCAACUGCACCGCGUUGCCUUGCAGAAGGUGGUCUCUGAGUCACUAUGCAAGCUCAAAUCUGCUCGGAUAAAGGGUAUAGUUCCAUCAUGAUGUGAAAGGAUGAACAGUAGGUUUUCACUGGAAAUUUGUUUUGGUAGGAAGAGUAGGUCUACUUUGAUGAAUUUGAGGAACCAGCAUGGGAUCAUGUAGGAUGGAGUAAAAGAUGAGAUGCUUGUGGAGUAGGGAGUUUUGCUUGAAGCAGAAAGCUGGGAUUGCUUACUUUAAUACUAUGAUUGAACGGCGUUCAACAGGAUUGCCCUGGGGCUGUCGGGUUCUGCAUUCGAAUUCGUAAGCUGCAUUUUUAUGUGCCUGUUUUAUACUCCAUAUAUUAGACCUUUCUAAUCCAUGUUUGUCAAGCCUUGUUUUUGUGUAGGCUAGGUAAAUGUCAAGGAGUUAGGUGUUUUUUAAUCAACACUGAGACAAGCAGACAACUUAAAGCAGGCAUGACAUAAAAGGUGUUGAAUUUGUUGCACCGUUUAUGUAUCUCCCUCUUAACUUGGUACUCAUAAUUCCAAUGUCUUCCCCUCAACUGUAACGUGACUAUAAAAAAUAGAAUUUAUUUUAUGACA